ACCUAGGGCCACGUGGCUUUUUCCGCCACCGAAGACCACGCACUUCACCCAUGGCUACUGUCGACUCCCGGCGUGUAGGGGAUGGCGGCGCUGCAGGGGGCACCUUCCAGCCCUACCUGGACUCCUUGAGACAAGAGCUGCAGCAGAGGGACCCGACGCUGUUGUCAGUAGUGCUGGCGGUCGCCGCCGUGCUGCUGACGCUGGUGUUGUGGAAGUUCAUCUGGAGCAGAAAGAGCAGUCAAAGAGCCGUUCUUCUUGUGGGGCUUUGUGACUCCGGGAAAACGCUGCUGUUCGUCAGGCUGUUAACAGGCCAUUACAGAGACACGCAGACCUCUAUUACUGACAGCUCUGCUGUGUACAGAGUCAACAAUAACAGGGGCAAUAGUUUGACCUUGAUUGACCUUCCUGGGCAUGAAAGCUUGAGGCUUCAGUUCUUAGAGCGGUUUAAGUCUUCAGCCAGGGCUUUUGUGUUUGUUGUGGACAGUGCCUCAUUCCAGCGAGAGGUGAAAGAUGUGGCUGAGUUUCUGUAUCAAGUCCUCCUAGACAGUAUGGGUCUGAAGAACACACCAUCAUUCUUAAUAGCCUGCAAUAAGCAAGAUAUUGCAAUGGCAAAAUCAGCAAAGUUAAUUCAGCAACAGCUUGAGAAGGAACUCAACACCUUGCGAGUUACCCGCUCUGCUGCCCCCAGCACACUGGACAGUUCCAGUAGCGUCCCUACUCAUCUCGGAAAGAAAGGCAAAGAGUUCGAGUUCUCACAGCUGCCCCUCAAGGUGGAGUUCCUUGAGUGCAGUGCCAAGGGCGGGAGAGCGGAUGUGGGCUCUGCUGACAUCCAGGACUUGGAGAAGUGGCUGGCUAAGAUUGCCUGAGAGGCAGCUCCAGAGCACCAGCCCUGGUGUGCGUGAACGGCAGUACUGGAAAAAGCUGUGGUUGUCUGGAGUUGAUAAAGGGUACAAAGUGUAGUUAGGAACAUUCCCUUGUUCUAGAAACAAGUGACUGUUCACACCUGCGUGGAAGUUUUUUUUUCAAGUUCCUUUCUCUGUUAUUGCUCCCUUUCAAACAAAUCACUUGGAUUUGACUCUCGUCUUGCCCGUAUUAAAUGUCCCUUUAGCAUGAGCUUGAUUUAAGGUCAAGGUCUUUGUGACAUACCAAGCAGAUGCCGCAUAGAGGACCCUGUUACGAUGUGUGUUUAGUGUCUGAAAAGUUUUUUCUCAUCCUUGGCUUCUGUGCUUUGGUCUCUUUCCUGGAAAUAAACCAUGUGUUUAUGAAGCUAGUUGAUUUCCAGUUGCCCCUGCCAUGCCUGGGCAAUACAUUGUCUGGUCAGUGAAUUCUCUGGCUUAUGGGUAGAGGUAGUUUUCCCAGGUGUGAAAACCAGUAUAAAAGAACAAGGGAGAGCUGCCAGUGGCCUCUUUGUCUGCUCCCUGACGCGUCCUCACUCCAGCUUCAGCUUGUGUCGGAAGGCUCGACAGGAGCCCUUGGUGUCCCUGGGUGACAGAAUUAUAAAUGCUGAGUCCCCAAAGCCUCUCCUGUGUUCCGGUGGUUUGCUGGGGUGUGGAAGCUCUAGAAGCCCUUCAGCCUCUGCAGUGGGCCUAGGUUCUUGGCUCUCCAUUUGCUGCCCAAUCAGCUCCUGUUUUGUACCCUUAACUAGAAUGCUGUGGAACAAAAAAUAUAAAAAGGUAUUUUUGUAGACUUCAGGGGUGUGUAUUCAUGCUUUUAAAAAAAGUUGCCUUUCCAAAGUAAUGUUCUGUCGGGCUGGGGAUUUAGCUCAGCGGCAAAGCGCCUGCCUGGCAAGCGCAAGGUCGUGAGUUCGGUUCCCGGUACCGGAGAAAAACAAAAACAAAAACAAAAAAUCAAAGUAAUGUUCUGUCUUAAAUAUUUGGCUUCUUCAUUGCUUUUGUAAGUGGUUAAUACCUUUCUUGAUAAAUAAAGCAGGCUUUUGGUUUUUGAGAUAGGA